AUGAGCCGCGCGCGUGCUAGUCCUGCUCAUGGCGCUGCUCGCCGCAAGCCUACUUAUGAGAGGCCGGGAAUGACCGAGGAUGAGAUAGAUGAGAUUCGGGAGGCUUUUAAUCUGUUCGACACUGAUGGAAGUGGCACGAUCGAUCCGAAGGAGUUGAAAGCCGCUAUGCAGAGUCUUGGAUUUGAGUCUAAGAACCCCACUAUUUAUCAGAUGAUCGCUGAUCUUGAGAGGGAGAGUAAUGGCGCUGUUGAUUUCGAGGAGUUCUUGGACAGCAUUACUAAUAAAUUGGGGGAUAAGGAGUCCCGCGAGGGAAUAAUGAGAAUAUUUAAUCUCUUUGAUGAUGAUAAAACUGGUACUAUUACCAUCAAAAAUCUACGCCGUGUUGCUAAGGAGCUCGGAGAGACUAUGACCGAUGAGGAACUACGCGAGAUGAUCGAGAGGGCUGAUAGCAAUGGUGAUGGCGAAAUCAGCGCGGAAGAUUUCUACAAUAUUAUGACUAAGAAAACUUUCCCCUGA